ACAAGCAAAAGCUAAAUCAUUCUGUCAUUGUAAUUUUUUUGCCGGAUCGCGGUUAAGUUUUUAACUUAUUAUUAAGACUUAACAAAAUAAAAAGCGUUAACAACUACUUCUUUAAUAACGUUUUAUUAGUAAAAGUAUUACAACAAAUUAUUCAAAUUCAUAAUGAGUUCCAUUGGAACAGGGUAUGAUCUUUCUGCAUCACAAUUCUCACCUGACGGUCGAGUUUUUCAAGUUGAAUACGCCGCUAAAGCAGUAGAGAACUCUGGCACAGUCAUCGGUCUUCGAGGUAAAGAUGGAGUCGUGUUUGCUGUUGAGAAGUUAGUGACAUCAAAAUUGUAUGAACCUGGUGCCAACAAAAGAAUUUUUCAUGUAGAUGCACAUGUAGGAAUGGCUGUUGCGGGCUUAAUCUCUGAUGCAAGACAAAUUGUUGAGACAGCACGCACUGAAGCAUCCAACUACAGAUCACAGUAUGGCAUCCAAGUGCCUCUGAAGUACCUCAAUGAGCGUGUUUCCAUGUACAUGCAUGCCUACACUUUAUACAGUGCUGUCCGUCCUUAUGGCUGCUCCGUGGUUAUGGGCUCCUGGUCAGAACAUGAAGGUCCACAGAUGUACAUGUUAGAUCCCAGCGGUGUAUCAUUUUCAUACUUUGGAUGUGCUGUGGGCAAAGCGAAACAAGCGGCUAAAACUGAAAUUGAAAAGCUCAAACUUGCUGACAUGACUGUUAAGGAGUUGGUGAAGGAAGCAGCAAGAAUUAUUUAUUUAGUUCAUGAUGAGUUAAAAGAUAAGCAGUUUGAAUUGGAGCUGUCGUGGGUGUCUAAAGACACAAGAGGCCGUCACCAGCUGGUGCCUCGCGAGGUCGCGUCUGAAGCGGAGAACCAAGCUAAACAGGCUCUGGCUGAUAUUGAAGACUCUGAUGAUGGUGAAAUGUGAGACAAUCUGUUAGUUAAUAAAUUCUUAUGAUCACUAUGUC